AUGUCAUCUACGACAACGAAGCGAAUUCAUAGUACAGUAAGCAGCUACAAUGAGAAGCGAGAUACAGGUGAUUCAUAUGAAAAUACGGUCAUCGGAUUAACCGCUGAUCAGUUGAAAAUAGCACAGGAAACAAAAUUCUGGAAAAUGUGGAGGAUGGCAAUCGUUGUACUGUUCUGGCUACUGUGGGCAGGGAUGGUGGCUGGUGCAGUGGUUAUCGUUGUUGUAAAGAAUGGAGAUGUGCCCGAAACUACAACUACGACCGCGACAAAAACAUCGGUUCACAACUAA